AUGGGCCACAGUCUACGAUGUCGCGUGCUCUUUUCCUGGAUUUUGUUGCUAGCGCUCUUUUGCAGUGUGGGAUUAUGCUGCUACGUGGCGUACGCUUUGCCUGUGAAAACGCUAGGGCUCAGCGACAUAUCUCGUUCGAAACAGGCGAGGUUGCGGCACUUGUACUACCCAAAAGGUACCAAACCGGCGGGUACCCUAACCGUUGGACGUAUCUUGGAGCGAGUCCGUAGUCAACAGAGUUGCUCGAGCCCGCUGGGCGUUGAGGUGAGUUGGUCGUGGAUUUCGCGUUCUGAGGGCAUCGUAUACUGGCAGUUUCUGAACCCGAAAAAUGAGAGCCUGGCUGUGGUUCUAAACCGAGGAGCAACCGAUGUCGCUGCGUAUCCGUUUGGUGGUGCCUUCUUCCCCGCAUACUUGACUGGUGAAACGGAUGGCACGCAGCUCGCUUCCAUCAGUGGCGGACCAUACCCGCCACUGACCGACUCGCUCACGAUACCGCUGGGGCUUAUCAAGGGCCAGCAAGCCGGGGUGGCGUAUGUGUUUGUCGUUCCCUCCGGAAGCGUCGUAAUCGUUCCCGAAGGCGGGUUCGUGAACGGGAUGGAGCCAACGUGCGCGUCUGUCGUUGACGUUCGUUUCGUUGAAAAUGUUGGUAUGGAGCUCAGCUAUUCUGUGUGUGAGGAGUGUUUGGAUUUUUAUCGAGAGACGGGGAUGAGUGCACCUUUUUAUUGCCCGGCAAACCCGAUGGAAACCAAUAUUCCCAUGUAUGAACCUGUGGAGACGUCUGCGACGUUUGAUUUCUGGCCGCAGCAGGGGAGCACCAUCACGCUCGGACCCCCGAUAUACAACGAAAGCGCAAAGUUUGUCGCACUAGAGUCCUUCUCUGGUUGUCCCUCGACCUUGGCUGGUGGGCAGAGCUUCAUCGGCUGCUUUCCGGCUGAGAGCACCGUAGAGCGCGCAGACGGCACGCUGGUGCCGCUAUCCGCACUCGAACCCGGGACGCGUAUUGCCACAUUAGUCCCGAACAAUCGCGGUGGCUGGACGAAGCGCUUCACGACCGCGUACGCGUUUGCGGACAAACAAACUGCGGCAGGCCCGUUCCAGUAUAUCGCGCUGCACACCAGCAGCGGUGGCGUUUUGCACAUGACACCCGAUCAUUUAGUGUACGUCCAACCGGGAGAUGCGCACGAACGCCCACGAUUCACGCGAGCCCGCAACCUGUUUCCGGGUAUGGCCUUGCUCCAUGAAGAUGGAUCCACCGACACCAUUGUACGAGUUACCGAGCACGUGGACACCAACGCGUACGCGCCGCUCACUUUUGAAGGCACGCUCCUCGUGGACGGCUAUCUCGUGUCGAGUUAUGGGGACACUGCGUCGCAUGGUGCUGCACACUGGGCCUUUGCGCCCUUGCGCCUCUGGUAUCGCCUGCGUCACAGCACCCAGAAGCAGCAGCAACAGCAGCCGGCCUCGAAUGGCCUUCAUAGCUAUGCACAGUUCCUUAUUACAUGGCGCAGACUCCUUCUGAAAAUCUGA